ACCAUGCGCGCCGUCGUCAUCAAGGAGCCCUUCAAGGUCGUCGUCGAGGAGCGGCCCAUCCCCAAGGCAGGCAAGGGCGAGGUCGUCGUCAAGGUCAAGGCCGCUGCGCUCUGUGGCAGCGACCUGCACAUCUACCGCGGCCACCAGCCUGUGCCGCACUAUGACUUCGUGCUCGGCCACGAGAUGACAGGCACCAUCCACGAGGUGGGCGAGGGCGUGAGCAAGUUCAAGCAGGGCGACCUCGUCGUCUCGCCCUUCACGGUCAACUGCGGCGACUGCUUCUACUGCACGCGUGAGGAGACGUCACGCUGCGUGCAGUCGCGCGUGUACGGCUCCGUGGCGCUCGACGGCGUGCAGAGCGAGUAUGCCCUCGUGCCGCUCGCCGACACGACGCUCUUCCCGGCGCCCAAGGAGAUCUCGCCCGAGGUGCUCAUCCUCAUGGCCGACAUCUUCCCGACGGGCUUCUUCGUGGCGCAGAACGCGUGGAAGAUGCUCAACGAGGCGGAGCGCAAGGACGCCACGGCCGUCGUUAUUGGCUGCGGCCCCGUCGGUCUCUGUGCCGUCACGGCGGCCAAGUACUUCUUCAAGAACGUGUUUGCCAUCGACUCUGUGCCCGAGCGCCUGGAGCAGGCGCGCAAGCACGGCGCCACGGCGCUGCACCUGCACGACGACGACACGAUUGGCGCGCUCAAGAAGGCCACGGACGGGCGUGGCGCCGACGUGGCGCUUGAGGUUGUCGGUGUCGAGGCGGCGCUGCACCUAGGCAUGCAGAUCGUCCGGCCGUGGGGCGUCGUGUCGAGCUGCGGCAUCCACACGCACGACGUCAACAUGAAGGGCCUGGACCUGUACAACAAGAACCUGCGCUUUCAGUUCGGCCGCUGCCCCGUGCGCGCCCUCUUCCCCGAGGCGCUCAAGCUGCUCGUGCAGAAUGCCCAGCUCUUCGAGUCGUUCGUGCAGAACACCGUCUCUGUCGACGAGGCGCCCAAGUACUACGAGCUGUUCGAGAAGCAGAAGUGUCUCAAGACGGUCUUCACCUUCGACUCGUGAGGCGUGGACGACGUGUGAUGCUGCUGGCCAGACUCGAUGCUAUGCUAUGCCUGCUUUGCCACGCCACCAGCCUGUCAGUGCUGAUGUCGGGCCGAGGCGUCACGCCUCCGUGUCCCGUGCUGCUGCCAGUCAGGCUAGGCCACUGAUGGUCGCGACGGCUCCGCAUGGCGUGGCAAAGGUAUACGUUGGCAGCUGGAAGUAAGGUAGCGUGUGGUGACUGAGCGCGGGAAGCAAGGGAGAAGGCUCAGACGGUGGAACAAGCCGCUGCGGUGCAAAGGGCAGCGGCUGUGCAGACUUGGGAAAUAAAGCAGCUGUGAGGCCAGAGAGCAGGCGAGGACACAUCACUGCGCCUUCACGCUGCGCUGCUUGCUGGCCUUCUCCUUGCGGAACUCAUGCACGAGCU